CGAGUGUCAGUGGUGUGUUAUACGUUGUGUGUGUGUUAAGCCUGGUGGGUGACGUCACUAGUGCCAGGGUAAACACGGUCCAGGGGUCAGACCCCAGGCUGGUCCUCUAUCACCUUCACUACGGCGAUUGAAGGGGCACUAUUUAAGUCAUGGCCAUAGCUGGACCUCCAGGGUUGGAAUUUGACCACAAUUGGCCUGAAUCAGCAGAAUGUCUCACCUUAGACUUCGGGCCUUUUGAGACAGUACACAGAUGGAAAUGCAUGCCAGAAUGUGACGAGUUUGUGGGCGCCAGACGAAGUAAGCAUACAGUGGUGGCUUACAAGGAUGCCAUAUAUGUGUUUGGAGGUGACAAUGGCAAGUGGAUGCUGAAUGAUUUACUGCGUUUCGAUGUUAAAGAGAAGUCUUGGGGAAGAGCAUUUUCUACCGGAUCUCCUCCAGCUCCACGUUACCAUCAUUCAGCAGUGGUACAUGAAUCUUCAAUGUUUGUGUUUGGAGGCUUCACGGGAGAUAUCCAUAGCAAUAGCAACCUCAAAAACCAAAAUGACCUCUUUGAAUAUCGUUUCCAAACAGGACAGUGGAUAGAAUGGAAGUUUACUGGCAGAGCUCCAGUACCACGCUCAGCUCAUGGUGCAGCAGUAUAUGAGGGGAAGUUAUGGAUAUUUGCUGGCUAUGACGGUAACUUCAGACUCAAUGACAUGUGGACCAUUCCUCUUGGGGGUGAUAACCGGUUGUGGGAAGAAAUCAGCCAAACGGGAGAUUGUCCCCCGACGUGUUGCAACUUCCCUGUAGCUGUAGCAAGAGACUCUAUGUAUGUCUUCAGUGGUCAGAGUGGAGCCAAGAUCACAAAUUCCCUUUUCUACUUUACUUUCAAAGACCGAUGCUGGACUCGAAUAUCAACAGAGCACAUUCUUCGCGGUGCCCCUCCUCCACCAACACGUCGCUAUGGCCAUACCAUGAUUGCUUUUGAUCGUCAUCUUUAUGUGUUUGGUGGCGCUGCUGACUCUACUCUUCCCAAUGACCUGCACUGCUUCGAUCUAGACAGCCAAACAUGGUCAGUGAUACAACCAGCACCAGACUCUCAGGUGCCAUCGGGUCGACUCUUCCAUGCUGCAGCAGUAGUUGGUGAUGCCAUGUACGUCUUUGGUGGCACAGUAGAUAAUAAUGUACGCAGUGGUGAAAUGUAUCGCUUCCAGUUCUCUAGUUACCCCAAGUGCACUCUUCAUGAUGACUUUGGUAAGCUCUUGGAGAGUCAACAGUUUACUGAUGUUGACUUCCUGGUGGGACCCGAGGAGCAAAGAAUACCUGCUCAUGUUGUCUUUGUGGCUGCACGCUCACAGUAUCUUAGAAAUCGCAUUCGACAGGCAAUGGAAGCACGCGAUAAACAUUUGGAGAAAGUUUUUGGGACUGCAACUAUUCCACCACAGGAAAUGCCUACCCUUGAGGUGAAGCUACAAGAUGCUGUACCGGAGGCAUUUGAGAUGGUGCUCAACUACAUUUACACAGACCGCAUUGAUCCCUACCACUGCAAGAAAGACCAGAACCCCAACAAGAUUGUUCUCAUCAUGAUGGAUGUGUAUCGUCUUGCUGUGCAGUGCCACAUGAGAAGAUUAGAGCAACUUUGUGUACAGUACCUUGAAGCUACUAUUAAUCACCGUAAUGUGUUGGUGGCACUCUGCAAUGCUGCAAAUCUAAAGUUGUUCUUUAUAAAGGAAUUCUGUCUUAAGUUUAUUGUACGAGAGAGCAACUACAAUCAAAUAGUUAUGUCUAAGGAGUUUGAGAUGUUAGAUAAGCCACUGAUGGUAGAGAUAAUCCGCCGAAAACAGAUGCCACCGAUGAGAUCACUCCAAGAACCUCAGUUUGAAUCUUCAGGUACAACACUGGAACAGGAUAUGGAGCAGUUCCUAAAAAGUGUGGGUCAAGAUUUUUGUGACAUCACACUCAUGCUUGAUGGCUCGCCUAUCAGAGCGCAUAAGGCAGUUUUAGCUGCACGUUGCUCUUAUUUUGAAGCUAUGUUCAGAUCCUUUAUGCCAGAAAAUAGUAUGGUACAGAUUGCCAUUGGAGAGAUGAUUCCAUCACAACAGUCAUUUGACUCACUACUGCGAUAUAUAUAUUAUGGAGAUGUAGAUAUGCCACCAGAGGAUUCUCUUUACCUUUUCUCUGCUCCAUACUUCUAUGGGUUUACCAAUAACAGACUCCAGGCAUUUUGCAAGCAAAAUUUGGAGAUGAACGUAACCUUCGAAAAUGUGAUACAAAUACUUGAGGCAGCUGACCGCAUUCAAGCCACAGAUAUGAAGAAAUAUGCUCUCAACCUUAUUGUACAUCACUUCCCUAAGGUGGCUCAGUUACCCAAAAUGCGGUGCUUAAGCCGUGACCUGCUGCUGGAUAUCCUUGAGGCCCUCGCAGAAGACAUGUCAGAUUCCAAGCUCUGCCAUGAUAUGUCCUCCAUCAGCCUGAGCACGUCAGAUUCUGGAUGAACCCAGUCAUAAUUGUUAUGAUUGAAAUAUUUGAGUGCAGGUGAAAUGUGUGUUCACAACAUUUGUACAAAUGAAAACUAAUCUUUUCAUGCAAUUGAUAAAUACCAUUGCUGGUUAAGAAUGGAGUGAUUUGCAUGUUUUGGUUCAGUUUAUAAAAGUGUGUGCUCAUUCAGAACACAGAGCCAACGUGUCUGUAAUCUUUAACGUAUUGUAUCCGUUAAUUAUAACUCAUUAUUUGAGAUCUUAUUCAAAACCUUUUGAGACGUGAAACUCUCAAAGGAAAAACAAAAAAUAAGGUACCAGUACUUUAGUUUUUAUCAAACACAAUUAAGAAGCCAAGUCUUUUCAAUUUAUCAUUCACAAGGCAACUAGAAGGGUGACCAUGCAUUCUUGUUUAUUUUUUAUCUGAAUAAAAUAAUUAUACUAAUUUGCAUAUUAACAAACAUUUAGUAGAUAUUUCAUGGUUGGGCUCAAUAUAUAACAACAAAUCUGGAAAUGAAAAGGGGGUAACUACAUCUCCAAUAAGCCUGGUAUCUUGAUUUGCCACAACAUACAAAAUAUGGGGUAUUAAAAUGCACAAACCCAAGCUAUUUACCUAACCUAACCAAUAUAUGCAUAGAAAAAGUAGAUAUUUAUGAGUGCUACUUUUCAUAGUACCACUUAUUUUACAUGUUUGGGACUAUAGCAUAUAAAAUAAGGCACAUUAGUUGAGGGGAUGGGCUGCUCCAGCAGUUAUGAGUUUGUUUAUAUUUAGUGCAUGAAGCAAUGAAAAAAAAAGAUAUUGAAUGUAAUAAAAUGCCUCAGUGACACACUGUAGCAAGUCAUGCAGAGAUAGUUCCACACGAGUCACAAAGAAACCCAGUAGUCCUUAAUAGCCUACUGGAGACCAGAGCCAGAAGCUAGCAUCCUCAGGUGCAGGGAGUAGAGGAUUCUUUACAAUCAACCUCAUUAAAGGAAACAUCCAUAAAAUAAAGUGAAACAAAACAAUCACCUGCAAGUUUCACAAAUAAAAGAGAAAUGAAGAAGCAAACAACUCUAGUGUUUAUUCAACAUGGCUGACGGACUUAUCACAACCUCGUCCCCACUGACAAUCUCAAAGGAAGAGAAGCGUGUGGAAGAGGAAGGGGUCGAGGUUUAUAUCGUGGAGGCCAUGGACGUAAUCGUAAUGGUAGCGGAGGUGUGGAUAAUGAGUCACAAACAGCCCAGACCAAAACAAGUCUCAAACAGGUCUGUUGACAACCUGUUGGAGCCUAAAGCCUUAGGAGGAAAUAAACUCAAGAAUGACUGGACAAUGGAUGCAGAUGUUGUGAUUGCAAGAUUCAGUGGUUUUGUUGAGCCAAGGAAAGACUCAAGAGUUUGAGUCAAACUUUUCAGGGUAUAUUACUCUCAUUGAGAAGUUUUGCAUAGCUCAGACCAUAUGUGACAAGAGGUUUGGCAAAAUUUAUUCCCCAAUGUGCCUAUCAGUAAUAUAUGGUUUUGGUCUUGUGGAAGAGACUAUACCAGAUUGUCUUACCCAAAUGGGCUCUCAGCACAUACGAUGAUCUACAUACCAUGGUACCCGAACUCUUAGUGCCAAAGGAUAUUAGAGUAUACCUAGACUAUUGUAAGUGUUGCAGAUAAUGAAUUAAAGACACGGCAUUUCAGGUUUAAGGAAAGUAUUUCUUUACCAACUGCAUCUUGGAGCUAAAGGCUCCUUUGGGAGGAUCAAUGAUGAAACUCUCCUCUACUAUGAGACUAUGCCUGUCCCAAUUAUAUCUGUACUUUCUAUUAUAGGUGAUAUACAUUGUAUAUUGCACAAUUGUGAAAGUCAGUAGACAUUACUAAACCAUUUGACACCAGCUGCUAUUGAUAAACAGCCAGGAUUUCCCACGGCCAAUUUGUUGGCUUAUUGCCAAGCUAGAAAGUUGAUGUGCAGGUCAGCUUGAUGUUUCAGGCAAUUGUGGUCUUGUUAUCCCAGAUAAAACAAAUCCUACUCUCGUUAUGUUGAGAAUAUUCCCAUACUGUGCUUCAAGAUCUCAUCUUCUUUCCUGACUGGGCAAUUAAAUGAAUUUUAAGUGGCUGAUAGAAUUUUAUCAACCUCAAGCUAUUACUGGGUCACUAGCCUAAGUUCCCUUUACUCCUCAAGAGCAUAUAAUGAUCAGAACCCUGACCUUCAGGUUAGGGCAGCCAAAAAAACAGGCAUCACUUCAUGUUACAGGCAGACAGCACCUCAUUUUGCAGUUGGAGCAAAUUCAGGUUCCAUUUUAUGAGGCUCUUCAAUAACAAGACAACUGACUGUUAUUGAUACUUUUGAAUGGCAGUGAAUUUUAAGAGAGAUGGACAGAUAAUGAAAAUUCCAUCUUCUUGGUGUGUGAGGAGUGGAAUACAAAUGACUUUGCCCAGCCAGCUGUAUUACUGUAGUAUGCCAGUCUCGCUUCUUGCAGGUCCCUACUGUCCAAGUGGUUGAACACAAUUCCUUUCCUCUGUCCUAUACUACAUCCUUGUCCCAGAGCCUGGAGCAAGGUGUAUAAGGGGUUUGUGCAACUAUGGCAGAAGCAACAGCAAACAUAGCACCAGCCACUCCAACUCCAGACCCCAAGCCACAAAACCAGGCAAAUGAACCUGAAAUGGCUACCACCUGUCACUACAGAAUAAAAGAAACAAAACCAAAAGAUGGAGGCUUUAACUAAAAUAGAGGACCAGUGAACCCAAACAAUGCAGCCCAUGGGGUAGAGAGUAAUACUCGCCCAAUAGACAGCCGAGUGAAACAGUACAAAUAACUACAGUAUCAGUUUAUAGCAAAACCAAUAGGUAUUCCUCAAACUCGCAAGUCGUGAGUGCAAGCUCGGCAGAUCAAUCUACGACAAACCACACCAAAGACCCCGAAGGGCUUGCUAGGGCCUGACAAUAAGAGCCAAGCAGGAUACCUAGGCAGUAGGAAUGCUUGCUGAAGGAACUGACACCGAAUGCAGCCUGCAGGACAAAUAUUGCUAUGAAGGGCAUUAGUGGCAUGCCAUAUGUACAAGCACGAGAACCCAAGUGCCCCCCAUAGUCAAUAAACCCCAGAAUGCCCCAAAUCAUAAAGCCUCAGAGAAGUUUAUGACCCUUGCACUGCUAUGGGCAAGGCACAUUAAAUAGAAGGCUAGCUUCUAUGGGAAAGACCUGAAUUCACCAGGGAAGUAACUGUCAGGGCAAGGGGCAUCACUAAACAAGAGCUUAGGGAAGGACUGCCUUAUGCCCAUGCAGUUCAAAGUGAACAGUUUCCAAGUUCCCCCACAUGAAGUGAGACUUUUAAAUAUGCACAUAAAUAAAUCGCAUGAUGCACAAGCGAAUGAGCCCACACAGAACAGGGUCCGAAGGAUGGCCAACACUUAUCUAAAAAUAGUUGGAAUCCAAAAAACUUGGUGACUCAAAAAGCAGUCUUCACAGGUGGACAUCAGAUGAUGGAUUGAAUUGUGUUAACAUGGGAGCAGGCAUCUUCCUGGGUGCUGCCACCUGGCAAUGAACAGCUGAAACUAGGAAAGCCAAAAUUUAACUACUGGGUGGAUCAUAUGCAGGUCAUUUCUCUCUUCUCUUGAACCUUGCAGUUGUUUAUUUUGCUUCGCUUACUUUCUGAAGGUUGCCUUUGAUGAAAAUGAUCAUAAAGAAUGCCCUGCUCCUUGUGUCUCUGUGAGGGGAAGAGGGGUACCAGGUUGUGGCUUUGGUCUCCAGUAGGCUAUUAAGGACUUCUGGGGCUGAUGGUACUUGUGUGCGGAGUUAUCUCUAUGCAGCUAACUACAGGAAGCCACUAUUCGGAUCGGACCCCCUUAAAAAAAAAUCUAAUUUUUAAGUCAAGAACUACAGUAUAUUGAAAAUAUAAGUACUUAAUUUUUUAACAUAAUUGAAAAUACAUCCAGCCAACUAGAAGGGUGACCGUGUAUUCUUUAUCUAAUUCUGAAUAAAGUAAUCUCUUUGAUUUGCAUAUCAACAAGAGUUUAGUAGAUAAUUCAUGGUUGGGUUCAAAAUUUAAAAGACAACUAUCACAUUAUGAAUGAACUAGUAUCAACAGCAGUUUUUUUUUAUAUUCAGAGUAUGAAGCAGUAAAAACAAAUUUUUAUAUUUUUAAGAGCUGAAACUUUUUUUUUUUUACUGUACGUUACUAAUAAUAAUUUUCUUAAAUUAUUUGUUAAAUUUUUAUUAUAAUUUACUGCUUUUAAAAGAAAUUACAACAAUUAAAUACAUUGGCUGAGAAAUACAGUACAUAUACACACAGAAAUCACAAUAGCGUGAUACAUCAAAUGAACAAAUCCACAAAGGCCGUGAUGAGGGUUUAAACCUAUGUCCAGGAUGAUCCCAGAUGCGACUUAGUCGAUUGUGCCACAACAUGACACGACCAUGUCACGGCACAAUCGACUAACGCUCGUCUGGGAUCAUCCUGGACGUAGGUUCAAGCUGUUAUCACUGUCCUUGUGGAUUUCUUCAGUUACAGUACUGUACUUAUGUUUUAGCCUAUUCGGACAUACAGUAUAUCAGAAUUUUGUUGAGUGUUACUCUGUAUUUUGUGUGGUUGCAUGACUUUAAUGUUUACUAUAUAUCUUCUAUUGGCAGCAUUGAUAUCUUUACUCGGUAGAUAUCCAAUACAAUUGAAUAAUAAAAAAAUGUUAAAUUUCUUAUACAGUAAUGCACUAAAAUCCAUAAGAUGCUUAGUGCUUUAAAUGUGACUGAAAUAACCCACGUACAAGACAGAGUAAUAGAUACAGGGUCUCUGUGGUGCAGCAUCGCAUUACUGCAAGGUAUGUUCAUUGAGCAGGUAGGAGAGUUAUGUUGGGAUUUGGCCCAAGAUAACCGUUAUUAAUGUUUUUCUUUAAUAUCAGUCCACCUAAGCUAGUGCUUGGGUUUAAAGCCAAUGUAUAUAAUACACUGUAUAUAGAAAAUAUAUUAAAUUGAUUAUCCAUACUUCA